AUGCCUGGAAAGAGGAAGAGGCCGUAUUCAAAUAUUGACUUCACACUGAAGAGAGUCUUCAAGAAGCCAUGUUUCCGCCCCCUACAGCGCGAAGUCAUCACGGCUACUCUGGAGGGCGAAGAUGUCUUUCUACAGGCAGCCACUUCCUUUGGCAAAAGCUUGUGCUAUCAGCUGCCCGCAGUUGUUGAUCUCGGCAUUACCAUUGUCGUUUCUCCGCUACUAGCACUCAUGAACAAUCAAGUCGCAUCCAUGCGCAACUCGAAGAUCAAGGUUGAGACAGUCAACAGCACAACCCAACGACACGACAGGGAACGCAUACUGGCCGACCUCCAAUGUGGUCACCCUCUGACUCGGCUUCUCUAUGUGACCCCAGAGUACUGCGCGACCGAUCACUUUCGCAAGAUCCUACGAGUAAUCUAUUCGCAAAAGGAGCUCGCGCGCAUAGCAGUCGACGAAGCCCACUGUGUUAGCGAAUGGGGCCACGACUUCCGACCUUCGUUCCAACAACUCUCCUUCUUCAAGACCGAAUUUCCUGAUAUCCCAAUCAUAUGCCUUACAGCUACAGCAACAUCCCGCGUACGCGACGAAAUCAUCAAAACCAUGGCCCUCGAUCCGCUCAAGCUACACGUUUUCUGCAUGUCCACAAGCCGUCCGAACUUACACUACGAAGUUCGCUUCAAAUGCGACGAAGAUGAUCACUACUCCGACUUCCUCUCCUGGCUCAGAAACGUUCACGCGCGCCGCGCCAACUCAGGGCGAGCGACCCAGCUAGCCUCACAGCAGCAGCGCACAGACAAUGUCUCCGGGAUCAUAUACACACUCUACCGCAAAGACUGCGAGUCCCUAGCCGCCCGGCUCCGCCACGACGGCAUAGGCGCGAAGCCCUAUCACGCUGGCCUCCCUCACACUGAGCGAACCGACACGCUGACUGGCUGGGUCGCCAACAAAGAAGGCUACGACGUAGUCGUCGCUACGACAGCGUUCGGCAUGGGCAUCGACAAAGAGAACGUGCGAUUCGUCGUGCAUUGGCAGAUCCCAAAGUCCUUCGAAGGCUUCUACCAGGAAGCCGGACGUGCGGGUCGAGACGGCAAAGCCAGCGUGUGCAUCCUCUACUACGGACGUGAGGACCGGGACCGCGCUGCCACGCUGAUGGCACGCGACCAGGCACGGCAGCCGACCAAAGGCGACGGGAGGGCAGCGCAGCAACAGCAGAUGCUCAACCGCGCAAAGAGCUUGCAGGCCCUGGUUGACUACUGCGAGGCCACGAACAGGUGCCGGCAUAAAGUCAUCGCAAAGUACUUUGGAGAUGAAGAGGUCCCGCCGUGUGACUUUGCGUGCGAUUGGUGCAAGGAUGCGGAAGCGUUGGUCAGGCGGAAGGAGAAGGGGCUUGCGAGUGAGGAGUGGUGCAGCACGCAGAGAGAGAUGGGGCGGUAUGAUGGUGGGUACGACGAGUACGACUAG